AUGGACGUCUCUGUUUUCUUCUUCGGCCUGUUCCUCGGCUUCUUCAUCUUCACGAUGGAAGGUGUCGUCCGGCAGACCAUUCAGAUCUGGAAACGAACGCACAAAUUCGUCCAGGCCUACCUGUGGAUGAUCUGGACUGAAUCAGUUGUCAACCUUAUCUUCGCCAUGACUACUCGGAUGCAGCUCGACGGUGUCAUUGCGGGCUCCCUGGGCUACUACUUUAGCACCGUCCUCCUCUGGACCAUCCAAACCCAGCUCCUGUCCCAGAUCAUCGCCAACCGAAUCGCCCUGAUUAUGGUGAGCAGGCAGAAAUCCUUACAGCUCCGCUGGGCCCUCUUCAUUGCUAUCGGACUCGUCAACAUCGCCGUCGGGGCCAUCUGGAUCCCUGCGCAUCUCGACUCGGCAACGGAGUUCCAGAAGAACCUCAACUUCAUCUUCGAGAACGUCGAAAAGAGCUUCUUCCUCAUCGUCGACCUUGCCUUGAACCUUUACUUCCUCUACCUCGUCCGCUACCGCCUCAUCGCCGAUGGUCUGAAUAAAUACUGGACGCUGUACAAGUUUAAUAUUGGUUUUGUGACCAUCUCGACCACGAUGGAUGCGUUGCUUCUGGGUUUGCUAAGUCUGCCGAAUCAAUACGCCUACGUCCAAUUCGCCCCAGUAACAUACACUGUGAAACUUUACCUCGAAUUGAAAAUGGCGCAGCUCAUCUCCAAAGUCGUGCGACGGAGCAUGAACCGUGUGGACGACUCGUCUACAAGCCAACACAAUUCAAGCAACCGCGCUCCGCUAUCGCACUCGUACCGCACGUCAACCAUCAACAAGAAGUCUGCCCUCCGCGAGAACUAUGACGGGUAUGAGCAUGAGAUGAGCGCGCAUGUUAGUACUGGCGUGCGCGGUGAGGGAAAGGUUGGUGGGGACACCGGUGCUGCGGGCUCGAAGGGGCAGGGCAUUGGGAUUGUUAAGACGAUUACGACUGUUGUUGAGACGGAGAGCCGGGAGGGGAGUUCGGAGGCGAGUCGGUCGCGGGAUGGGGAGGUUUAG